CUCCUUAGUGCAGCCCGUUGCUCUCGGAGCUCCGAGGCCACGGGAGGACAGCAGAGCCUGGAGGGCCGGUUCGCCGACUACCCGCGCUCCACGCACGCUGCUCCUCUGUCGCCCUGCUCCGCGUGGCGGGACAGAGGCCCGGACCCCUCUGUGUCUAAGAGCUGUGCUGAAGUGGCUUCUUGGCAGUUCUUUCUCCAUUUCCUCUGCCUCACUCCACCCUUCCUGAACCCACCGCGCGCACCAGCCAGUUUAAUCCUUAUAUGGAAUGUUCACCUUUACAGACAAGAUAGCAAAGCCCAGAGGACUCUGUUUAACUGUCUGGUGGUUUGUUGCUGGGGGAGAGACCUUACUGUUCACCUGGACUGAAAAGGUGGCCAUCAAGUCUAUCCGGAAAGACAAAAUCAAAGAUGAACAAGAUCUGAUGCACAUUCGGCGAGAGAUUGAGAUCAUGUCAUCACUCAACCACCCCCACAUCAUUGCCAUCCACGAAGUGUUUGAGAACAGCAGCAGGAUCGUGAUCGUCAUGGAGUACGCCAGCCGAGGGGACCUAUAUGACCACAUCAGCGAGCGGCAGCGGCUCAGCGAGCGCGAGGCCAGGCACUUCUUCCGGCAGAUCGUCUCCGCUGUGCAGUAUUGCCAUCAGAACGGGGUUGUCCACCGGGAUCUCAAGCUGGAGAAUAUCCUCUUGGAUGCCAACGGAAAUAUCAAGAUCGCCGACUUUGGCCUCUCCAACCUCUACCACCAGGGCAAGUUCCUGCAGACAUUCUGCGGGAGCCCGCUCUACGCCUCGCCCGAGAUCGUCAAUGGAAAGCCCUACACGGGACCAGAGGUGGACAGCUGGUCCCUGGGCGUUCUCCUCUACAUCCUGGUGCAUGGCUCCAUGCCCUUUGAUGGGCAGGACCACAAGACGCUGGUGAAACAGAUCAGCAACGGGGCCUACCGGCAGCCUCCUAAACCCUCUGAUGCCUGUGGCCUGAUCCGGUGGCUGUUGAUGGUAAACCCUACCCGCCGGGCCACCCUGGAGGAUGUGGCCAGCCACUGGUGGGUCAACUGGGGCUAUGCCACCCGUGUUGGGGAGCAGGGAGCCCCACACGAGGGCGGGCACCCUGGCAGUGACCCUGGCCGGGCCUCCGUGGCUCAGUGGCUGCGACGCUCCUCCCGCCCCCUCCUGGAGAACGGCGCCAAGGUCUGCAGCUUCUUGAAGCAGCAGGCGCCGGGUGGCAGGGGCCUCACCCCCGGCCUGGAGCGCCAGCACUCACUCAAGAAGUCCCGCAAGGAGAACGCCAUGGCCCAGAUCCUCCAGGGGGCCCCGGCUGCCGACACCUCCCCUCGCCCUGGGAAGGGUGGCCUCAAGCUGCCGAAAGGCAUUCUCAAGAAGAAGACGUCGAAUCCCACAGAGGGGCCGAGGGAGGACCCUGAGCCUGGCCCGAGCCCCGCCAACCCAGGCCAGGCUGGCCCGCUGCUCCCAAAGAAGGGCAUCCUCAAGAAGGCGCGCCAGCGGGAGUCCGGUUACUACUCGUCCCCUGAGCCCAGUGAGUCUGGGGAGCUCUUGGAUGCUGGGGAUGUGUUUGUGAGUGGGGAUGCCGUGGAGCCCAAGCCCCCGCCAGCCUUGGAGCGGCUGCCGCACCGCAAGGGCAUCCUCAAACACAACGGCAAGUUCUCGCAUGCGGCCCUGGAGCACACAGCCCCCGCCACCUUCGGCUCUUUGGAUGAACUGACCUCCCCACACCCUUCAGCCCGGGCCAGCCGCCCCUCGGGGGCUGUGAGUGAGGAUAGCAUCCUGUCCUCUGAGUCCUUUGACCAGCUGGACUUGCCCGAACGGCUCCCCGAGCCCCCACUGCGGGGCUGUGUGUCUGUGGACAACCUCAUGGGGCUGGAGGCACCCCCCUCGGAGGGCCCUGGAAGCCGAGGCCUGAGGCGCUGGAGGCAGGACCCCCUGGGGACUAGCUGCUUUUCCCUGUUGGACUGCCCGGAGGGGACAGAGGGCUGCCAGCAGGGGCUGAGGGUCUGCUCGGAGCUCAGCUGAAGCGGGGUGAGGGUGGGCAUUGCCCGUGCGGGCAGGCUCUGAGAUGCAGCUAGAUGCACUCUGAGGGGGAGACUGCCUUCUUCCCUGCCUCCCAGGACCUGCAUCCCAGCCCAGAAGGCUGAGGUGGUUCAGUUGAGCCCUGGGAAGGGCUGGAUGUGGGCAUUGGGCAAGUGAAGUGCAUUGAGGGUUCAACGUCUUCAGCCCCGUGGAACCAAAAAGGUAGCUCUAGAGGGGAAAUGAGUAGAGAAGCAGCAAGGAAGGCCUGUGGCCGAGUCCAGGUUGCCUGUUAAUUUCCAGGUUGCCUUGCCCAUUGCACCCUCUGAGGGGGUUGACGCCUUCUUCUUGAGAAUGCCUUUGGAAGCUUGAGGCCGCCCUUACCAGGGCGAGGGGCGGCGUCCCCCUGGAGGGUCUGGGCCAUGUAGUUCUUACUCCUGGACUUCUUAAGCAGAUGCUGGCGUCACAGCCACUGAGCCAUGGAGGCCCGGCCAGGGUCGCUGCUGGGUGCCCUCCCUCCUGCGGGCACAGGGUUGCCUGUGCUCUCCCCAUAGUAGGGCCACAGAGAGCUGGAAAAGGCGCUCUAUCAGUGCCUAGCUCCUGUAAAGAGUAAGUUUGUGUGUGAUGCCGUCCUGCCAAGGUAGGGCUGGAAGCUCUUCAUUCAUAUACACAUUCCCUUCUUCACCAACUGUUUCAGGAAGGGGGGCCCCUUUCAGGGCCUGGAACUGGGCUCUUGUCUAACACUCGGAAAUGAAUUGUCCGAGGAGACACAUGUGCUGACAAAGCAAGAGACUUUAUU